GGCAGGAGAGGACAGGCAGAACAGCUGACGAUGGGGACAGAAGGACGGGGGGAGAGGAUAGGGAAGGAGAGAGGAGACGGGGAGGGCGGAGGGGCCGGGCGUGGUAAUCUCCACGGCGCCACCUUAAAAAAACAGCCGGGACUCCGCCGCCCGACCUGUCAGUCACGCCGCGACCCAGACAGACCCCGGGGCUCGAGCGGCUGAGAGGCGGCUCGCCAUUGGCCCGGGCGUGGGCGGCCCGGCCUCAGAGCCGCGCUGCCAUUGGCUGGCGACCGCCGAGACACUCACGCGCACGGCGUCUCUCCCUUUGUUUUUGUAGCGAGCGCGAGGAGCUGCAGGAUGCCCGGCUGGAGUCGGAGAGGCUGAGACACGGAGGACUGGGAUCGGGCACAGCAGAGAGGGGGGAAGAAGACCGAUCGGGGUUCCCUGCGCCACUUUCUGCUGUCGCGCUGCUGUGCCACACCGAUGUGAAACAGGAUGUCGGUGAGCGCCCCCAGCAGCAGCGACGCCUGCCUCAGCAUCGUGCACAGCCUCAUGUGCCACCGGCAGGGCGGCGAGAACGAGGGCUUCGCCAAGCGCGCCAUCGAGAGCCUGGUCAAGAAGCUGAAGGAGAAGAAGGACGAGCUGGACUCGCUCAUCACUGCCAUCACCACCAACGGGGUUCACCCCAGCAAGUGUGUGACCAUCCAGAGGACGCUGGACGGCCGGCUGCAGUCCAGCUCGGUCCAGCUCGGCCUCAGCGCAGUGUUGAGUUUAACCUUUGACCCCACGUCCGCUGUCUCCCCAGCGCCCCCCGGCCGCCUGAUUAAGGAGGAGUUUAUCCACGACUGCAUCCAGAUGGACAGCGCCCCCCCAGGCCUGCCCCCCCCGCCCGAGCACGUGGGGCUGAAGCUGCCCCCCCCGGAGCACUAUGGACAGCCCCUGCCCCCCCUGCAGCUGUCCCCCGAGCCGCCCCGCGCCCCCCCGCCCGGCGGCCUGUACCCCAGCCUCCCCCUGUCGCCCCCAGCCUCCAGCUCCAUGCUGCCCUUGCCUGCUCACAGCGAGGGACUCCUGCAGAUCGCACCGCCCGCUCCGCCCCAGACGAUGGCGCCCACGCCGCCUCCCUCCGCCCCCUCCCAGAACGGCUACAGCACCCCCACGCACAGCCAGCCCCAGAGCAGCUUCCACACGACCUGGACAGGCAGUAGCACAGCCGCCUACACUCCUGUAGGACCCCAGCAAAAUGGGAGGAGCCACGCCCAGCCCCCCCUUCAUCACCCCGCCCACUUCUGGUCUCAGCAUCAGAACUCCGCAGCCUUCCCUCCUCCUGUCUCCAGCCAUCCAGGCCCAGAGUUCUGGUGCUCCAUCUCCUACUUCGAGAUGGACGUGCAGGUUGGGGAGCAGUUCAAGGUGCCGGCCAGCUGUCCGGUGGUCACUGUGGACGGCUACGUGGACCCGUCUGGCGGAGACCGCUUCUGUCUGGGCCAGCUGAGCAACGUGCACCGGACUGAGGCCAGCGAGAGAGCCAGGCUGCACAUCGGGAAGGGCGUGCAGCUGGAGUGCCGUGGGGAGGGAGAUGUCUGGAUGCGCUGCCUCAGCGAUCACGCCGUCUUCGUGCAGAGCUACUACCUGGACCGCGAGGCUGGCAGGGCGCCAGGCGACGCCGUGCACAAGAUCUACCCAGGAGCCUACAUCAAGCGUUACUUAAAGACGGUCAUAGGCCUGUCCGCAGCUGCAGGUAUCGGAGUGGACGACCUGCGCAGGCUGUGCAUCGUGAGACUGAGCUUCGUGAAGGGCUGGGGCCCGGACUACCCGCGCCAGAGCAUCAAGCACACCCCCUGCUGGGUGGAGGUGCACCUGCACCGCGCCCUGCAGCUGCUGGACGAGGUCCUGCACACCAUGCCCCUGUCCGACCCGGGCCCGGCCCACUGACCCGCAGGGAGCGAACUCCCGCCCAAGGGGGACCUGGGUCAGAGCUGCGGACACAGGUGACCGACCCGAGCCGCCCUGACCUGAGACCCCGGUCCAGAACCUCUCGCCCACAGCUGACCCCCCCCCAGCACCAACAGACCUGGGUCCAGAUCCUCUAAAGGCAGGCUACUGGGUCAGUACCGCACAACCACUGGUCGGGAACCAAACCCAGGCACCGUGCACGGGGUCUGGCCGGUUCUGGUCCGAAAGAAAAGAACAGAAACCUGCCUCCAAACUGACCUGGCUGGGCACCCAGUAGGAGCACUGACCCUUGGGCCGACCACAAGACUCGGAACACAGCACCCCCUCCCUCCCCUUUGCUCCCACAGAACCAGACCGAGCGACUGGCUGGGGCUCGACCUGGGCGAGCUCUGCCCAGGAUGUCCAGGGCCCCGUCCCAGGGCCGCUGGGCUUCAUGGGUACAUCUGUAACCAAAAGAAACGGAGAGCAGGGACGAGACCUCCCUGAUCGCACUCAGUCUGGGGACCAAAACUUUAAUUAACCAAAAAUCGUAUACCACUUUGCCAAAAUAUGUAGUCUCACCAAAGCCUCAAUACGUUGAAAUCGGUGUUAAGCCACGACGUAGUCAGCAGUGUUUUCACUCGCGCUGUAGCUUUGUCUGUGUUAGAGAGUACGUGUGCGCUGUCUGCUUCCUGGCGAGAGCAAAGGUUCAGUUCUAGUGUAGGACACGAAAGGGACACACUAAUAAAGUCUUUGAGAUACA